UUGGGGCAGCAGAGAACUAAAAUCAUCACAGCUUCCACCAUCACUCAAGGUAGCGGUUCUUCCAGAACUGCGGGGGAGACCUUCCUCCUCAAGCUUUCAGGACUCUGCUCUUAUAAUGGCCUUGGUCUAUCCAGUGAUGCAAUUAAGUGGCAUCCUGUUCUCUCUGUUGGGAUGGGUCCUGUCCUGUCUCACGACCUAUUUACCCCAGUGGAAAAAUCUUAACUUGGAACUGAAUGAAAUGGAGAUCUGGACCAUGGGACUCUGGCAAGCUUGUGUUGUCCAGGAAGAAGGGGGCAUGCAGUGCAAGGACUUCGAUUCUUUCCUAGCUUUGCCUCCAGAGCUCAGGAUUUCUAGGAUUUUGAUGUUUUUUUCCAAUGGAUCGGGGCUUUUGGGCCUUUUGCUCUCAGGAUUGGGGUUGGACUGUUUGAAAAUUGGUGAAAGACAACAGGAACAAAAGAAACGGCUGUUGCUGUUUGGAGGAAUGCUCUUCUGGAUAUCGGGGAUUACAGCUAUUGUCCCAGUUUCUUGGGUGGCCCAUUCCACAGUCCAGGAAUUUUGGGAUGACAAUAUACCAGAUAUUGUUCCCAGGUGGGAUUUUGGGGAAGCGUUAUUUAUUGGCUGGCUUGCUGGAUUUUGUCUUAUAUUAGGUGGAUCCCUACUUAAUUGCACAAUCUGUUCAACUGAAGUCCAUCCAUCUUCGGUCCAUUAUGCAGUAGCAGAACAGCAAGAUCAGUGUCAACACUUGGAAACUGAAACUAGGCCUUAAAACGGAAGGUUUUAAGCAGUACAGAGAGACUGUCCUAUCUUUUCCAAACUCUAGUGCAAGCCAGAAGCUUGUUCCAGUAGUAAUUCAAAGGACUCUUUGUUACCUAGCUGAUUUCCUAAACUUAUGUCUGUUCUCUCCGUAACUGGUACUGGAAGGCGGCGUGUUUUCUCACCUGGAGGACCGUUUAAAACUUUGUUUCACAGCAGAAUGCUGAAGUUUUCAUAGACCACGCAGAAAAGGUGCUUUUGCUUUCUCAACUGCAGUGUAAAAUCCUGAAAAUGAAUAUGCAUGUUCCCUUGCAGCUUGGCUUUUAACCAAAAUGUGCUUCCUUUUCAUAUUAGCCGAUUAAAUGAGCCUCAAAGUUUGACUCCCUGUUGCA